AUGGCAGCCGUUUCCUCAGUCUAUCACCCAGUUGUUUGCGACGCUUGCCAAGUUCGCUCAUUCACCGGUUUUCGCUACAAAUGCCAGCGUUGCCCCAAUUAUCAGUUGUGUCAGAGUUGUUUUUGGCGUGGAAGAACCAGUCAGAAUCAUUCGAAUGAGCAUGAGAUGAAAGAAUAUUCGAGUUAUGUGAGUUUGCCAGGGAAAUUUGGGCAUUUUUGGGGAAAUUUUGAAAAAUUCGGAUUUUUUCGAGUUUUUCAAGCCUAAAUUUGAAAAAUUCUGAAAAUUUCGAGUUCAAACAUGAUAUUUAAGCCUAAAUUUCAGCAAUUCUCUAAUAUGAGCAAUAUAUAUUUGCCACGUGGCAUUUUUAUUGAUUUUUGGAAAUACAAAAACAAAAAACAUUGCUCAGAUUAUAGAACAAAAAUUUGAAUUUUUAAAAAAUUCCAAACAUUGCUCAGAUUAUGCAAAAAAUUGAGAAAUCCCUUAUUUUCUAGGUUUUUGGAGCUCGAAAAUAGUCAAUUUUGAGCACAGGAAAAUCAUUGCUCAUAUUAAAUUUUCCGAUUUUUUUGAGAUUUUUUGGCAUUGCUCAGAUUAUACGAAAAAAGUUCCAAAUUUUAAUAGAGCAUUGCUCAUAUUAAAUUUUCCCAAAGAUUUUUUGGCAUUGCUCAGAUUAUGCAAAAAUUUAGAAAAAUCUGAUUUUCUAGGUUUUUGGAGCUCUAAAAAUAGUCAAUUUUAAGCACAGGAAAAUCAUUGCUCAUGUUAAUUUUUCUUCGGAUUUUUUGAGCCAAACAUUGCUCAUAUUAGAGAAUUUUUUGGCAUUGCUCAGAUUAAAUCGCAUUUUUUUUGCAGAAAUCUCCUACCAAACAAUUCGUGCACUCAAUUCACAAAUCCCUCCAAUGUCUUCCGAUUUCCUCGUCUUCCGCUUCCGCUUCCGCUUCCGCAUCCAUUUUCCAUCAAUCCGACAGUCUUCCACCGCCAACCUCAGCUGCGCCUUUAAACCUAACAAAUAUAGUUCCGGCAACUCCGACGACAAUUCGACGGAAUGCUGGAAUUGCUGCGGAAUGGCAGCAGCAAAUGCAGCAGGAUUCGCCGAUUUUGUUGCCUGGACAAGCGUCUCAUGGGGGAUUGAUUGAUGAUGAACACAAAUUGAUUGCGAGAUAUGCGGCGAAAUUGAGCGGAAGGGCUGAUGUACGUGGAAAAUGACGUGGAUUUUUGGGAUCUACGUGGAAAAUUAGGCCUGGAGGAAGUUCUCCUGAUUCUCUAGCUCAAAAUUUGCUCCGUGGCCUAGAAAACCAAUAGUGCUUUGUUGGUUUUCUAGGCGAUCCCUUGAUUUUCACUGAAUUUCGAUAUCAAAUCAGUGUUCCACGUGAAAAAUUAGACCUAAGAGAAGUUCUCCUGGUUUUCUAGCUCAAAAUUCGCUUCGUGGCCUAGAAAACCAAUAGUGUUGGUUUUCUAGGCCACGGCGAAUUUUGAGCUGGGAACAUGGUUUUGGGGAUGAUUUUUGAUGGGGAACCUGUUAAAAUUAGUUGGAAUUUUUGAAAAUGAGCCGGUGACCGAGAAAAAUGCGAUUUUUUGGAUUAGGUUGGUUUUCUAGGCCACGGAGUGAUAUUGCAGUGAGUACGGCUAAUUUUGAUGACUAAAUUCAUGAUCUACGUCAAAUUUUAGGUCUAGGGAAAGUUCCCCUGAUUCUCUAGCUCAAAAUUUGCUUCGUGGCCUAGAAAACCAAUAGUGUUGGUUUUCUAGGCCACGCGUCUAAAACCUUCCGGACAACGUCUAGCCUCCCUGAAAUUUCACGUGGAUCACGAAAAUCACCAUGAAAAUCCUUGAAAACAACCCGGUGGCCGAGGUUUUCACCUCGUGGCCUAGAAAACCAAUAGUAUUGGUUUUCUAGGCCAUCCCUUGAUUUUCACUGAAUUUCAAUAUCAAAUUAUUGUUCUACGUGGAAAAUUAGGCCUGGGGGAAGUUCUCCUGAUUCUCUAGCUCAAAAUCUGCUCCGUGGCCUAGAAAACCAAUAGUAUUGGUUUUCUAGGCCACGCGUUCAAAACUCUCCGGACAACUUCUAGCCACCUUGAAAUUUCACGUGGAUCACGAAAAUCAUCAUGAAAAUCCUUGAAAAUCACCUGGUGGCCGAGUUUUUCCCCAAAUGGCCUAGAAAACCAAAAGUCUCUAAAAAUCUUCGGAGAACUUCUAUAUACCCUAAUUUUUCACGUAGAUCACGAAAAUCACCAUAAAAUGUGUUGAAAACUACCGUAUCUCAUCGAAAAAUCACUUACAGUACCCUCUAUCGAAUGGUCGAAUGAAUUCUUCUUUGGUCGAAGACGAGCGACUACUCAUAGCCCAAUUGGAAGAGGAAAAUAGUCAGAUGGCGAGAGAAAUGGCGAGGUUAGAGACGCAGACACAACAAUCGGAGAACAACGAUGGAUUGGCUGGAUUGAGAGAUCGGAAGAUGGAGUUGGAGGAGAAGAUGUUUGAAAUGCAGCAGAGACGAAAAGAGUUGAUGAUGCAAUUGGAGCAUUUGAUGGCACAAUUGAAUGUGAGCUAGGAAGGGAAUUUGGGGGGAAUUUUUUGAAAAAUUCAGAAAAUUUGCGAUUUUUUGAGUCUAAACAUGACUAGUUUCUGAAUAAUUUGAGAUUGCUCAGGUUAUAGAAAAAUUUAGAUAGCUUUGAUCAUUGCUCAUAUUAAUCAAUUUUCUGUGAAUUUUAGGGAUUGCUCAGAUUAUACAAAAACAGGGUCACUGUAUAUUUAUGACCAAAUUUUGAAGAUCGAAAUUAGACAUUGCUCAGAUUAUGCAAAAAAUUUAGAAAAAUCUGAUUUUCUCAGUUUUUGGAGCUCUAAAAAUAGUCAAUUUUGAGCACAAGAAAAACAUUGCUCAUAUUAAAGAAUUUUUCGGAAUUGCUCAGAUUAUGCAAAAAAUUUAGAAAAAUCUGAUUUUCUCAGUUUUUGGAGCUCUAAAAAUAGUCAAUUUUGAACGCAGUUUGUAAAAACAUUGCUCAUAUUAAAUAAUUUUUUGGCAUUGCUCAGAUUAUGCAAAAUCUGAUUUUCUGGGGUUUUUAAAGCUCUAAAAAUAGUCAAUUUUGAGCACAGUUUUUAAAUUUUGAAAAAAAAAGCAUUGCUCAGAUUACACAUAAUUUUCCAGAAUCCACCACCUUCUAACCUCACCAAUUCAACCUCUGGAAUUCAACAACCAUCCACCUCAUUAUCCGCCACAAAUCUCGCCAAUGAUGUUCUCAACUUAUCGCAAGUCGCAAAUGCUUUCCGCGCCGGAAGUCUUCCGGCUGCCACGUUGCAAUGCGAUUUAUUACAGGCGGCCGAUCAGAUUACGAAUAAUAUGAGCGAUUUGGUUCGGCAAUUGGAUUUGGCGCAAGAGAAUGGGGCUUAG